CCCCCAAGUGUCUCCCCUAGAUGAGCUCUUCUCUGGAUGUUUCAGUACACAGUGGUUGAGGAGGGAUGGGGGCCACCUACCAGCUGCCACAGAAACCUAGUUAGAGAAGUGUGAAGUAGAACCCUUCUCCCUCACAGAUGAGGAAGUGGAGGCCCGGGGGACUAAACAACUUACUUGUGGUUAGCUGGCAUGGAAGAACUGAGAUGAGGACUCAGAACUCCCAACGACCAGGCCAAAUGGGUUUCUACUAUGUCAAGAUUUCCUGCAGCCAAAUUUCAGGAAUUUAAGCCCUGGAAAGAAAUGUGAGCCCUUUGAGCUGGGGUUGUGGUAUUUCAUGUGGCUGAUUUUGGGGGGAAGGCACGUGAACAGAUAGGGUUGCCUUAGAUGUACAGUGAACUUACUAGAGGCUAAUUGGAUGGAAUAAUAGGGAGCUAAGUGCUUUCUCUCACCCAGCCCAAGUUUCUUUCUAAGUCUUCCUAGUCAUCUGACCCAGCUCCACCCUCAGCACCAACGGAUCUUGCAGCUGCAGCAACGUAGUCGAACACCAAGUUCCCCAGCCAAGAAGCCUUGGUCUCAGCAGCCAGAUCCCUAUGUUAACCUCAUGACCCGAAAAGAGAAAGACUGGGUGAUAAAAGUACAGAUGGUUCAGCUGCAGAGUGAGAACCCCCACCUGGAUGACUAUUACUAUCAGGAAUAUUAUCAGAAACUAGAGAAGAAGCAGAAAGAUGAAGAGCUACUUGGGCGAAGGAGCAAGGUUGAAUCGCUGAAGCUGGUAACGCCUUACAUUCAGAAGGCAGAGGCUUAUGAGUCAGUGGUUCGAAUCGAGGGCUCCCUGGGCCAAGUAGCUGUAUCGACGUGUUUUAGUCCUCGCCGAGCUAUUGAUGCUGUACCCCACGGAUCUCAAGAGCAGGAGAUAGGAGCUGCAAGCAGUCAGAGGCUUCAGGUGUUGUCCCGGAUUGAGAAGAUGUUUCUUCAGUUACUAGAAAUAGAGGAGGGCCAGAAGGAUGGGCAUCCACAGCCCUGCUACUCUGAACAACAGAGCAACCAGGUUGAGAAGCUCUUCCAGGCCUUAAAGACCCAGGAGCAGAAAAAUCUGGAGGAGGCAGCAGAUGGUUUCCUGCAGGUGCUCUCUGUGAGGAAGGGGAAAGCUCUCGUGGCAAGGCUGCUCCCUUUCCUGCCCCAGGAUCAAGCUGUUAGCCUUCUUUUGGCUAUCACCCACCAUUUGCCCUUCCUAGUCCGGAGGGAUGUAGCUGAUCAGGCUCUACAAAUGUUAUUCAAACCUCUGGGCAAAUGUAUCAGUCACUUGACCUUCCACGAACUCCUCCAAGGACUUCAGGGGCUAAUGCGGUUUCCACCCAGCUCCUCAGAGCGGCCAGUCACUCUGGUGCUUCAGAACCAGUUUGGAAUAUCUUUGCUCUAUGCCCUACUGAGUCAAGGGGAGCAACUGGUAUCCCUGGAGUCCUCCCUUGAGGAGACCAACAGUGAUCAUACAGCUUGGACAGACAUGGUGGUUCUGAUUGCCUGGGAGAUAGCCCAAAUGCCAACAGCAUCUCUGGCGGAACCCCUAACCUUCCCCAGUAAUCUUCUUCCUCUGUUCUGUCACCACGUGGACAAACAAUUGGUACAGCAGCUAGAGGCUAAGAUGGAGUAAGUGAUGGCAGAAACAAGGUCAUAGCCCUUGUUCAAGCCCAGUGUAGGUUCUGUCACUGAGGUCUCUUCUUUGAGGCCAAGAAUAUGAAGGAUAACUCCUAUUUAGAAGUAGUUCUAGAUGCUCUAGCAUUUAUCAAGUAACCAAUUUGCCCAGGUUAGGUUCCCAAAGCCUGUUUCUUCAGGCACACCUUUUAAUUUAUUCCCAGAUGCUUUGCUCAUUUAUCAUGCCAAGCUGCUUUAACGGCAAGAAUUAAUAUGAGAAGCUGAGUUGUUAAUUCAAGAAAUAUUUGAGGGACAAUAAUUCUAAGAUAAAAGCAUGAGUGACCUGAAGUUCACUUCUGUCUUGAGAAUUUACCAGCUGCUGGAAAGAGCCAGAUAGGAAUCAAAUCACACAAAUUAGAAAAUAGAAUUGUUUAGUUAACAUCUGCUCUCUUUGUAGGCUUGCUUGGAUCUAUUGAUCCAAUUGUUCUGGAAUAUCUGUACAUGGGGAAAAGCUUAAUCAUCAGAUGCUAGCUGUAUGGAUUAUGUCCACAGGGAUCCAGAGAAUCUGAGGACAUUUCUUAUGCCUUGCUAUAUCAGAGGACCCCACCCCAAACCUUUUCUUAUGUUCUCCUUAAAAACUUGAAUGAUAUGCCUACAAGGGCAUGACAUAACAAGGUAUA